CUCGGCCUCUUCCACCAGCGCAACCAUGAUAUCGUCUUCACCCCCACCAUGGACCGUCCCGACCGAAUCCCUCCAAAGCGUUUCGACCUGCAUCAGCAUCUCGACAGCCACAACAUGGGGGCGGUCCAACUUCUCGAUUGCCGCCAUGGCCGCGUCCUUCUCACGGACAAACGGCGGGAUGAGCUCAUCCUAUGCGACCCUAUCAUCGGUGAGCAGCGCCUCAUGGCUGUUCCUCCAGAGUUCGUAAGAAAAUACUUCAACGGGACUGUGCUUUGUGCUGCCAUCGACCAUGACCAUGUGCACGAAAGCUGCCACUCGAGCCCCUUCAAGGUGGUGCUGAUCUAUCUCGGAGGGGAUAAUCAACUUACCGUGUGUGUUUACUCCUCUGAGACUGGCGUAUGGGGUGAUAUCAUUUCGACAACCGCUUCAUAUCAUCUUUCUGACUAUGGUAUCCCUGGCUUGCUUGUUGGUAAUUCGCUUUACUGGUUGCUGGAUAUUAUAGGGGCUGGCAUACUUAAGUUUGAUUUGGAUGAGCAGAGCCUAGCUGUGAUCAAGGGGCCUCUUGUUACAAAUGAUUUUAGCCGUGGUAGUUGUAUCAUCCAGGAUGAGGAUGGCACGCUUGGCUUCGCCAUAUUGUCUUACCCUCACUUACAAAUGUGGCAGAGGAAUAUCAUUUGCCAUGGUGUUGCCACAUGGGUGCUAUGGAAGACCAUUGACAUGCGUACAAUUCUUGGGCUCCCUAAACAGAUUCAAGGAAAGAGGACGCUUAUAAGAAGUAUACUGGGAUGCCUCGAGGAUUGUGACGAAAUACUUCUAUCUGUGGAUCGUGGUGCCUAUAUGGUUCAACUUAAGUCGAUGAAGUCUAGGAAACUUUGUGAAAACAGUUAUUCAACUUGCUAUCAUUCUUUCAAGAGUUUCUAUCCUCCAGGAACAUCCAUUGCUGGUGGAUGUGAUGGAAAUGAUGCAUGCUACACAAGGUGAUUGUCUGGUUUGAUGUUCUAAUGUGCUAAAAUGGUAACAGGUGAAGAAGGGCUGCUGGAGAUGUUAGUUGUCACUGAGUUUGUCGCAUUCCAUCAAUGUUGUCGGCAGUGUUUAUAUGUUAUCUAAAACAACUUACCGUG